AUGAUUGGAAAAAAAGAAAUAUAAAUUUCUAAUGCUACAAGAGAUAGAGUUGAAGCUUGUAGAUUAUAUAUAGAACGUAUAUUAUUUUAAUAUUAAUUUUUAAUAGGGAAAUAUGCAAAAUAAAUUUAGGAAGAACAAUAAUAAUUAGAAGGUUGGUAAUAAUUAUCAAAAUUAAUGGAUGCUUUGCAUAUGAAUCCAAAAGAGUAGGAAAUUAUAAAAAAAGAGAUAUUAAAAAAAGAAGCAGAAUAAAUGAGAAAAAAGUAUUCAAAAUUUCAAAUUUUAUAGGCGGACUAAAUUAAGCAUAGAAGAUUUUUAACCUUUAGCUAUAAUAGGAAGAGGAGCUUUUGGUGAAGUUAGAUUAUGUAGACAUGUACCUUCUUAAUAAAUAGUGGCUGUAAAGAAAAUGAAAAAGCAUGAAAUGAUUUUUAAGAAUUAAAUUGGUCAUGUAACAAAUGAAAGAAAAGUAUUAGAAGAAGCAAAAGGAAAUAAUUGGAUAGUAGAAAUGAAAUGUUCAUUUUAGGAUGAAAAGAAUUUAUAUUUAGUAAUGGAAUAUUUAGCAGGUGGUGAUUUAAUGACAUUAUUAAUGAAAAAGGAUAUAUUAUCAGAAGCAGAAGCUCGUUUUUAUAUGGCUGAAUUAGUUUAAGCUGUUGCGUCUGUUCAUAAAUUAGGAUUUAUACAUAGAGAUUUAAAACCAGACAAUAUUUUAUUAGAUAAUUAUGGACAUAUAAAAUUAUCUGAUUUUGGAUUAUGUAAAGAUGCUGAACUUCAUUUUGAUAAACCAGUUUUUUCAUAAAAAUUUAAAUCAAAAUAAACAAGAAGAGAAGUAUAAUAUAAUAUAAAACUAUUUAUAGAAAGCAUUUUCAACAGUUGGUACACCUGAUUAUAUAGCUCCAGAAGUAUUUUUAUAAUAAGGUUAUGAUGGAACAGUUGAUUGGUGGAGUGUUGGAGUUAUUUUAUAUGAAAUGCUUGUAGGAUAUCCUCCAUUUUAUACUGAUGAUCCUUCUACAACUUGUUAAAAAAUAAUUAGAUUUUAGUAAUGUUUUGCAUUUCCAGAAGAACCAAAAGUCUCUUCAUUAGCUAAAGAUUUAAUUAGUAAGUUAGUUUGUGAUGCUAGUACUCGUUUAACUUAUGAUUAAAUAAUAAGACAUCCUUGGUUUGGUGGUUUAUCUAUAAUUAAAAUAAGAGAUAUGAAAGCUCCUUAUAUACCAACUAUUAGAAGCGAAUUAGAUACUAGCAAUUUUGAUAAAUAUGAUGAGGAAGAACCUUGGAUUAAUAAAGGUUAAAAAAGUUAGAAAAAAGAAAUGACUUUUGUUGGAUAUACUUAUAAAUAAGAAGAUUUUGAAGAUAAAAGACCAAUCUAAAAAGCUCUUGAAGAAUUAGAAUUAUCUAGACCAUCUAAUUCAAGAGGUAAUACUAAAACUACUAAUUCUCCUUUUUAAAGUCCUAAUUUAUAAUUCAAAAAUCAAAUUAAUAAAUAAACUCCUCUUACUUAAUAAAUUAAAACUGUUAGUGCUACUUAAUCGCCAUUUAUCAAAUAAUAAACUGUUUCUCCUAUGCCUUUAAGUAAAAAUUAAAACUUCUAAAAAUCUUUCUUAAAUAAUCGACUUUAAACAGAAUAAAAUGAAAGCUUUCAUAAUAAUGUUUAAUAAUCAAAUUUAAAUACAUAAGGUAAUUUAGGAAAUUUUAAUAACGAAAACACAAACCCAAACUCUAACGCUUAAAAUAUUAAAAACUUUAUAUUUUCGAAGAUAUAAUAACAUACAACCAAUUAAUCCCAAAAUACAAACAUUAGUAAUAUAUAAAAAACUGUUCAAUUCAAUGAACUACAAAAACUUGUAUAAAAUUAAAAACUUAGACCAGAUAAACCUGAUUAAGAAUAAACAAAAGUCUUUAGCAACACAAGUAACAAUAUAAGUUCACUAAAAUAAAAUAUCUUAAAUUAAUUUAGAGCUGUUAGCCCUUUAACAAAACGUUGA